AAAACCUUAGUUUAUCUCCCCAUGCUAGCUAUAUAUCCAUUUGAUACAGUACCCUCUGGUGGGGUCAAUUUACAACGGCCUCUUAGUUCGUAUCUCUCAGAGUCUAGCUAGAUAACUACAAAACGAAGCUUAUAAACAAUGAAUUUAUUUUCCAAUCCAAUCGCAUUGUCCAUCAUUGGUUCUGAUAGUCAUGUGCUUUAUGCGUGUGAGUGCAAAGAAUUUAAACCAAUCACAAAGUUGUAUUUCUGUCGACAUUGCACCAAACUGAGAUGUGGCAACUGUGUUACUCAUGAGGUUGACUCAUUUUAUUGCCCAAACUGUUUGGAAAACAUGCCUUCUGCGGAAGCAAAGUUAAAGAAAAAUAGAUGUGGCAACUGCUUUGACUGUCCGAGUUGUCAUCAUACAUUGUCCGUUCGUGCAACUGCUGUUCCUGCCGUACAGACAAAUCCACUUGAUGGCAAAACUCCUCCACUUAAAAAAGUGCAUUACUUGAAUUGUGGAUUCUGUAGAUGGACAACUCGAGAUGUGAAGUUGCCUGAUCAACUGACACCUAGUGGCGGUUGGCCAGCUGUUGAGCCUGCAUUUUCAAAAAAAAUGUCUGCACUGUUAGAUUAUUACAAACAUAUGGCACAUCAAGACAAGAUGGAGAAAGAGAGACAAAAAUUAUCCAAAAGAAGGACAAACAUGUACUUAAUGGACCGGUAUGGCUAUGCUUUAAGUCUUGGUAAAAGAAGAGCUGGGAGUAUUGGAUCGCCAUUAUCAAUUCUAUCCAGAACUAGCUCUUCUCCUGGUAGUCAGAAAGAAGUGCAGGCGCCAUGUUUGUCACCCCGAUUAGAAGAAAUAGAACCCAUCCCAGAUAGGUUCUAUACUGAAGAGGUUGUCUUAGAAGAAGUUUUGACGUUGGAGCAAAGACUUCACCAGCCCAGUAUACAAGGAGAAGCAACAAAAACAUUAUAUCCACAACAUAAGCAUCUAAUGGUGAGACGAUCGCAAAGAUGUAAGGAAUGCGAACAUAAUCUUUGCAAACCAGAAUUUAAUCCAUCUUCCAUUAAGUUUAAAAUCCAAUUGGGUGGCAUACACUACUGUCCCAGCAUUCAAAUCUUCAAGAAACCUAACUUGUCGAAGGAUAUGGAGAGCGUUCUGAUUUUAUCUAUUUCCAAUCCUUUGGAUACCAUUAUGAAUGUGAGUUUUGAAAAUCUCUCCGCUGAAGAGCAAGAGUUGCAUGAAAAGAACUGCGAGAUUGAACUGCCCAAGGUUAUUCUUUCUAUCGCAGCAAAAGAUGCAACGGUUGAGUUUGAUGGUAUUGGUAGUGCAACCACGGAUAAUUUUAAUGAUGAUCCAAGUGUUGUUCAUUCUCGUGCAAGCAACAAAGUUUGUUUCUUCACAAAAAUUACACCAAAACAUGAACAAGGAGAAGUUGCGGCAUUUUUCAAGAUGACUUACGAGUACAAAAUGACAACGGCACCGCUUGUAAGAAAGCUUGACGACGCCGACAAGUCGGUAAAACUAGAAGAACACUUAGUAUCAUUGACCGUCUUGGUGCGAGUAAUGGUUGGCGAAAUUAACCAGACAUUGUGCUAAAAAGCAGACCAGAUUAACUGACAUGUGUGAAAUUUAAUAACGAUUAUUUUGACUGGGUAAAAAAUAAGGGGACGUGAGGUGAAAAUCAAAACAAAUCUACUUAUUAACCUGACCCCCUGAUAUUAGUGGAUUAUAGGAAAUUUAGUCAUAACAUUUUUUAAAACGAGAAAUCUUUCUUCAUGUAUGUUUUUUGGGUAAUUUAAUAUUUAUAUUUAUUGCUUUUGGCUAAGAUCAGGAAAAACACCCUUUCGAAAAGUAUGAGGAAAAUUUCAUGAAAUCGGCUGUUUAAUUUUUUAGUAAAUUUAAUUUAUUUUUUAUUUCCAAAUAUUUUGUCAGAUACUGAAAUUACAAUCACUGUUGUUGCUAGUAUUCGAGCAAGCUCUUAGUCAUACACUGAAAUUACAAUCACUGUUGUCGCUAGUAUUUAAACAAGCUCUUAGUCAUACACUGAAAUCACGAUCACAGUUGUUGCUAGUAUUCGAACAAGCUUUUAGUCAUACACUGAAAUUACAAUCACUGUUGUCGCUAGUAUUCGAACAAGCUCUUAGUCAUACACUGAAAUUACAAUCACUGUUGUCGCUAGUAUUCGAACAAGCUCUUAGUCAUACACUGAAAUUACAAUCACUGUUGUCGCUAGUAUUCGAACAAGCUCUUAGUCAUACACUGAAAUUACAAUCACUGUUGUCGCUAGUAUUCGAACAAGCUCUUAGACAUACACUGAAAUUACAAUCACUGUUUUUGCUAGUAUUCGAACAAGCUCUUAGUCAUACACUGAAAUUACAAUCACUUUUGUCGCUAGUAUUCGAACAAGCUCUUAGACAUACACUGAAAUUACAAUCACUGUUGUCGCUAGUAUUCGAACAAGCUCUUAGUUAAACACCAAAAUCAUGAUCACAAUUGUGGCUAGUCUGGUCAUUGUCAAUAAUCAACACUAAGAGUUAAUAUUAAUUUAGAAAAAUUGACCACUAAAAAUAAAUUUAGUGAUUAUUUUAUAGUAUUAUUCUGCAAUCUUUGAUGUAUUUUGUGAAUGACGAGACCUCUUUUUUAAACUAUGACUCCUUUAAUUAUGUAUUUAAGUAUCAUAGAUUAUAAAAUUUAUCUU